AUGAAUUCUGCAGUUUCCCAUGAAUCCAAAGGUUACCCUUCAAAACUUCGACACCGGACCCGAUUCUUGAUUCUAUUCAUAUGUCUUCUAUGUCUUGCGAUUUCUCAAUCCAACACAUUGACUCUAAAUUUCACCAUCAUUUGUAUGUCAACAAGUUACAAUGUGACCUCGAUGGACUUUUUGAUGAACAAACGGAUUUUGGAAAAACGUUAUCUAUAUUCAGCUUCUGAAUCUAAUUCAUUAUUCUCAGCAGUCGCAAUCGGAGCAAUAACCGCCGUCUACCCAUUUAUGUAUAUAAUUCAAAAAACUGGAUCUCACGCCGUUGUAACUCUAGUUGGCUUUUUCUCCGCCCUGACUACUGCUCUAAUUCCAUGGAUGGCCUAUUUGGGAUACUAUCCUCUCCUAGCAAUGCGAUUUUUCCAAGGAAUGGGGCUUUCUACUGGAUUCACAUUAAUCGGAAUAGUCACCAGACAAUGGUCCAUGCAAGCACAAGGAGCAUUCUUUUUUGCAUGUCUUUCUUGUUUCUUUCAGCUUGGUCCGAUAUUCACUAUGCCUGUUUCUGGAGCUCUCUGCACUUCCUCUAUUGGCUGGCCUUCUGUGUAUUAUGUGCAUUCGCUGGUUACAAUUUUGAUAUUCACAGUGUUCUUUGUUUUUUACAGAGAAAACCCAAUCUCUCACAAAUUGGUCACCCAACUUGAGCUAUCCAAAAUUCAGCGUGGCAAACGAGAAACCAAAAGACAACCGGUUCCUCUCAGACAAAUUCUAAAGGAUCCUGUAGUUCUGAGUAUCUGGGCAACAGCUUUGGCAAAUUUCAUGGGAAUCCAGCUGACUAUGCAAUUCUCACCAACAUAUCUUCAUAAAAUUCUGGGAUUCUCUGUGAAAGACACAGGACCAUUCAGUGCUCUUCCACAAGUGAUAACAGCAUUUGUGAAGGUCUCCGCAGGAUAUUCAGCUGAUAAACUAGGAUGUUGUUCGCCAAACACAUCGGUUCGGAUAUUCAAUAAUGUUCUGCUAUUUAUGCAGCCCAACACAAUCACUUCGUCAUGGGAAUGA